AUGCAUAUUUAUGAAAUAAAUAUUGACAGCGAAUUGAAAAGGUUUUGGGAGUUAGAAGAAGUACCAAAUUCAACUGACACUGUAUUCUCACCUGAAGAACAAUUUGUUGAAACACAUUUUCGGGAAAAUUACUCAAUUAAUUCAGAUGGUCGUUUUGUGGUGAAGUUGCCAUUUUUAAAAUCUAAAUCUGAAUUAGGUAAUUCAAAACCAGCUGCACUUUCUCGAUUAUAUGCUAUGGAACCAUCCACCGCAUCUCGGCUUAUGGGUAAUCUACCUAAGCAUCGUGUAACACUCGAGAGGCCUUUCUUCAACUGCGGAGUGGACUAUGCCGGUCCUAUUUCAAUCAAAUUCAACAAGGGUCGUGGAGCAAAAUCAACCAAGGGUUACAUUGCUCUAUUUAUUUGUCUCGCUACUAAGGCACUACACAUCGAGGCAGUCAGCGAUUUAACCGCUGAUGCAUUUUUAGCUGCUUUGCGUCGCUUCAGUGCUAGACGAGGAGCUCCAAGUCACAUUUACAGCGACAAUGCAACAAACUUCGUUGGGGCUAAUCGAAAAGCUCAGCGAAAAUACAACGAUUCAUCUCCUCAUUUCGGAGGAAUUAAAUCAACCAAAUAUCACUGUAAAAGAGUAAUAGGUGAAACGCUACUUACUUUCGAAGAAUUGACAACUCUAUUGGCUCAGAUAGAAGCCAUUUUAAAUUCUCGUCCGUUAUGUAGUGUAAACAAUACUGACAUUGAUUGCAUUAAUAUUCCCACUCCUUCACAUUUUCUUACAGGAGACGUGAUCCUAUCCCCUCCUGAACUACCUCUUACUAGUCCUGCUAAUAUACGGAAUAGGUGGGAUCUCCUUCAAAAGAUGUGCAAGGACUUCUGCAAAUCAUGGACCAAAGCAUAUCUAUCUUCUCUUCAAAACAGAAAGAAAUGGAAGGUCACUCAGCCGAAUAUGAAAACUGGAGACAUCGUCCUGUUACUAGAUGAUGGUCAUAUUCCAGGUUCUUGGCCUCUAGGACAAGUGGUCGAACUUCAUCAUGGUAUUGACGGACUAGUUCGUGUGGCCACAGUUAAAACUAAAAACUCUGUUUUCAAAAGAAACAUUCAUAAAUUAGCACCUUUGCCCAUAUAUCAGGACUAA